CGGAGGCGCGCGGAGCGGCCCCACCCAGAGCGAGCCGAGCGGAGCGGAGCCGGGCGGCGGGCGGCGCAGGGGGCAGCAUGCUGGCGCUGUUUACCAAGCUGCUGGACUGGUUCCGGGCGCUGUUCUGGAAGGAGGAGAUGGAGCUCACCCUGGUGGGGCUGCAGUACUCGGGCAAGACCACCUUCGUCAACGUGAUCGCGUCGGGGCAGUUCAAUGAAGACAUGAUCCCAACGGUGGGCUUCAACAUGAGGAAGAUCACCAAGGGAAACGUCACCAUAAAGCUCUGGGACAUCGGCGGUCAGCCUCGUUUCCGUAGCAUGUGGGAGCGAUACUGCCGCGGAGUCAGUGCUAUUGUGUACAUGGUGGAUGCUGCAGACCAGGAGAAGAUCGAGGCUUCAAAGAACGAACUUCACAACCUGCUUGACAAGCCGCAGCUCCAAGGCAUCCCUGUUCUAGUGCUUGGGAACAAGCGAGAUCUCGUUGGUGCCUUGGAUGAGAAAGAGCUUAUUGAGAAGAUGAACCUGUCUGCCAUCCAAGAUCGAGAGAUUUGUUGCUAUUCCAUCUCCUGCAAAGAAAAGGACAACAUUGACAUCACCCUACAGUGGCUUAUUCAGCACUCAAAGUCCAGGAGAAGCUGAGAGCCCUGGGACCGCGCCUCGGAGCGGGGAAGAUGCCAUUGUCCAAGCCCCCUUCUCUGUCCCCUGCUCUCUGUCCCUUUCUCUCCAUCUCUCUCUCUAGAUGGGUAUUUUUAGGGGACCCCAGGCUCUGCUCCUGCUGAGACGGAGCUCCUGUUUUUAUUGUAAAGAAGCUGUCGGACUCCUCUGUCUCUCUCCCCCUCUCGUUUUGGCACUGUUCUGUUGUGGUCGAUGUGUAUACAGUAUAUAUAUAUAUGUAUAUAUAUAUUUUAAUUUAAGCAAUUACGCUGUUACUAAACUGGGCCCCGUGACCUGUAGAAGUGCUGGAGGUGGUUGAGCCCCCAAGGCAGUAUUGGGAGGGUGGCGUGGGAGCGGAGCGGCUUGACUGGGCCAUUCCAUGCUGAACGCAGGCUCCCAUGGGGGUGUCCCUCCAACCCUGAGGCCCUUGGGCCCCUCUGGUAUCUUCACUAGGUCCGGUUCCCCCUCCUUCCUCUCC